GUGCCCCCGCCUGCCGAAGGGCCGCUCUGCGCGCUCCUCGGCAUGCGCCGGACAAUGAAACACUAGCGGGGCCCUUGCAUUGGUGCAGCCCCUGCUGGGAACGGACGGGUCGUCCCUGCGACGGCUUCCUCUUGCAAAGCGCUAGCACGGGGUCCACUUGGCUCCCUUUUUCUUUACCCCUUUUGUUUUCAGCCACCUCCCCCCGUUCGCUGGAGGAGAGUUUGAUUUUUAGCUGUGCCACUGGAAAUGAUUCAAAACCCUCCCUUCUUUUUUAAACUCCAGUCGGCUGCCGUGCUAAGAGACGCUGGGCUGGGAGGCAAAUUUUGGGAUCUUUUGUUACUGUCCCUGGCAGCAUCUUCAUUGGUUUGCCCGUUUGGUCCCCGACAGAUUUCCUGAGCCAUGGAGUCCCCCAACAGCAUGUCGUCCUGCGAGUCCCUGUAUUCGGCCGACAGCGCCGCCAGCGACGAAGAGGACAAGGGUUACGACUUCAGUGUCUUCCUCUCGGACAGCGAGAGCGAGGGGGAGAAGGAGGCCAGCGGCCGGAGAAACGCCCGCGCCCGAAGGGAGAGGGGCGUCUUUCCCCCCCAGUUGAAAUGGACUAGCCCCAGCCUGCCGGGCCGGGACUGCAAAUGCAGGACAGUGAGACCCGCUUUGCAGAGCUCUGCUAGACAACGGCCUUCGGGUCCGUGCGGCCGGUUUCCCGGGGCCUUGGAAGGCAGAUACCCCUCCGCCUGCCCUUGCUUGGCGGAGGGGGCCGGCAGCCUGGCCGACAGGACUCUGACCCAGAAGAGGGCGGAGAGCGGCCCGGCGGGGGAGAGGGAAUACCCAGGACGUGCUGCCCAGCCCGCGGCCCACGGGAUCAAAAGGCAAAGGAGCAGGGAAGCAGGGACGAGGGAGGCUCCGGUGUCACCCCUGACCGAAGGGGACCGCUUGUUUGCCCAGAAGUGCCGGGAACUCCAGGGCUUCAUCCGGCCCCUCGCGGAGCUGCUGACCGGGCUGAAGAAGGGGCGCUACGAGCGAGGGUUAAGCAGCUUCCAGCGCAGCCUAGCCAUGGACAGGAUUCAGAGGAUAGUCGGGGUCCUGCAAAAGCCAGAGAUGGGGGAGCGCUACCUGGGCACCUUGCUGCAGGUAGAAAUGAUGCUGAAAGUUUGGUUCCCUCACGUUGCCUUGAAGAGCUCCGGUCCUGAUUCCAGUCCGGCAGAGCACGCACGCAAGCUGGCGAAGCAGUCCCACCCCACGCCUUCAGCAGGGGACAGCCACAGAGGCCAGGCCACGCUGCCCCGCGAAGACUCGGCCCAAAGCCCCGCCCCAGAAAAGCUGCACCUCAUGGACCCGGCCGCAGACGACAGCAAAGCCAGCGCAGCGUGGAGGGAGCAGGCGCGUUUUCUGGCCGACUGGUCUUCCAUGAACUUGACUUGGAUGCACACCUCACCCAUCUGCAACCCGCCCUUGGGGCUGGCGAACCUCGGGCACUUGAACGCCGCCUUCGGCCAGGCCCUGCUCGGACCAAACGCCUGUGGAGUCAUUCUGUUCCUCCACAACAACCUGCUGGGCCCCGCGCCCGUCUUCCGUUCCACCUCUGUCACUCCCGACAAGAGCUCGCCUGCCUACUGCCACCCCAAGCAACCGCCGGGGAUGGGAGACGCGCCAAGAUGCCAGAGCCUGCCCGGAGCCAUGGCAACAGGGAGCUACGCGCUUAGCCAGCAGUCGGGCAGCCACUCCAGAUCUCUGCCUCACUUGCCCGCCGCCAGCAAGGAAUCCGAGCAAGCAGCUAUGUGGACUGGGAGUCGGGAGUCGGAACCGCUGGCUAGGAACGGGCCCCGGUAUUCCUCUUGAUGCUGCGUUCCAGGCACUUCCCAAAAUGUGUGAAUUUUUUUAUUAUUAUUUCUGCCUUUUUUUUGUUUUUUUUUUUAAAUAAAACAUUUCACGCCUGUGUAAAAAACCCUGAUCAACUUCCAAAAGGAAGAAAUGUAAUGUGAUUAAAAGGUUUAAACCAAA